GCGCAAGUUCUUCCCGCCUAACUUCUCAUACGCGGAAGGCGACUCGGAGAAGAUUGAGACCAUUGCGAUGCUAUUCGGGACGAUAUUGCGCUUUCGCAACCCCGCCAAGACACCGCCUGAGCAGAAAUCAUCCAAAAUACCCUCAAAUAUCUGGGCAAGCUACAGCGACAUCAACUCACCUCCGACCAGGCAAAGCUCAUAGACCAAAUUUACUCAAUGAUGGAAGAAAAUGUCUUCUUCAGUCUAGAGCCACGGGACCUCCCGGAAGACCUGAGCCUUUCAUUCAGAUCUCGGGGUGAAUACGGCUUUGGCCCUCGCAUUCUUGUCCCUGGGGAUAUCAUGAUUCCUGUUUGGCGCCUCCAGGAGGAUCCUGCCAGGCGUUCGUGCAUCAUGCGACGUGACGAGACGGGACGACACAUGGCCACUAUGUUGGUAGUGAGGAUUCAGCGUGGACCUGAAGACAUCCAAUAUUCCCCUAUGCCUUUUUCUGCUUUGAUCGAUCCAGCAACUGGAAUCCCCGGAGAAGCACCGCAUGUGAGGCGGAUGAGGUAUCCAAAACGGAGUAAGCCUUACCCAGUUGCAAGCCCCAAAGAGCCCGCUCCAGAGAGCGCGGCUGAACCUGGUCAGCAUGGGGUGGUCGGAAAGCCGGUCAGAAGAGGUCGGGUAAUUGGCAUGGCGGUAUGUGUUACGUCCGAUGGUACGAAGCGAUACGCUGAGCAUGACAUCCGUCUCGAAGAGCAAAUGCAUAAAAAUCUGGAUGUAGAUCAGCCCUGCCUCAUUGAGUUGCACUUAGUGUUUUUCCAGAGCGGGAUUCUUUGGUCAUUCUCGCUACUACGUUGUCUUACAUGCGUUACAAUACUACUACAUGUUUUAAAGAGUCAAUCUAGGUUUGAUAUGAAUAUUCCCUGAUGGAUGUGAUGAAAAAGCUGUUUUCACAGUUAAUGAGAACUUGAAGAAUGAAUCGAUGAGAAACCUAUCGACAACUAUGGCAAUGGCUUUAACCCCACUUAGCACUGAGCUAUUAUGAAGGAAUGUCACUGAAUAGAGUCGCCCUGCCUUCCGAUGGCCCGACAUGCAGAUCUCGUAGAUCUCGAAACUUGCAGACACUCUUGCAUCGAGAGGCCGUCAGGUGCAUUCCCCCAGCUGAACCACUAUGCAGCUGAGAGGAACUGUCGACUAG